AUGGUGGUGCGAAACCCACCGAGUACAACAGUAGCAGCCUCACAUCAUGGUUUUUCGGUGACCCACGUGAAGAUCUUUGUUGUUCACGACAUCACUGACGGCAGUAGGGAUGGUGACGUUCUGAUGUCGAAACUGCAGGCGACAUGGUGGCUCUUCGUCUUCAACUGCCGUGGUCGCUCCUCCACCGGAAAAACGACCACAACGGCCAUGGUCCUCGGUUCACCCGAUCUUCAAGACGUCGGUCUUCAGCGAUCUUGGUUUCGUCGGCAUCCACCGUGGUGGCGUAGUCCUGGUGGUCCGCGACCUUUAUGGCGGAGGGAGGUAGCGGCGAUGGAGGCUGGAGCUUAA